UACAAGCUUGGUGUAUCUGACAUCUAGCAAGUUGGGAGUUAUUUUCCUUAUAUCAUUUGGAGGUCCCCUAUCAAUCACAAUACUUUGGGAGGCUGAGACAAGAUGGUUACAAGGUUGAGCUCAAGCUGGGCAGUUUAAUAAAACCCUGGUGUGUGUGUGUAUAUGUGUGUGUGUGUGUGUGUGUGUGUGUGUGUGUGUGUGUGUGUGUUUGAGACAGUCUUGCUAUGUAGUCCAGGUUGGCCUUGAAUUUGAGGUAACCCUCCUGCCUCAGCCUUCCAAGUGCUGGGAUUACAGGCAUGUGCCACCAUGUACAGCUUGUGAGACCUUAUCUUAGAAUAAAAAAAACAAAAGGACUGAAGAUAUAGCUCAGUGUGAGGGCCUUAGAUUCAGUACCCAGUACAGGAAAAAAAAAAGUAUUACAUCAAAUCUCAUCUGAAAUCAGCCUUACUUUUGGACUUUUUCAGUUAUCUGAGCCAAUAAAUUAUUUUUAUGAGAGUAUAAAUCAAGCUUUUCAUUCAUUGCAACCAAUGUCACUCCUUUGAUUCUGUUUUCUUAACAGGUCUCCCCUUGAAUGGGGGCCUAACAAUGGUCUUUGUUAGGGACUAACAAAGGUCUUUAAAUCCAAUGGUGGGAAACAACAGCCUCAGUACGUCCCUAGUGGAGAAGGCAAGGAGUACCUACCUCCCUUUGAGGAUGGAGUUCUUUAAUAUAUCUACAUCAUAAAUUCUGAAAUGUGGUUUAUUGUUAGACAUUCCAUUAUUUUAUGAACCUCUAAUAAAGAAAAAUAACGUUCUUUUUUUUUUUUUUUUUUUUUGUCUUUUUCCUUUUUAUCUACCAGGGAUCGAACUCACGACUGCCUGCUUUCAAGAAGGCAGGCGCUUAUGCCGCUGAGCUAAACCCCCAGCCCUGAAAAAUAAUGUUCUUAAAGUGCAACACAAAAUUAUCUUCUUUCUUUCAUUCUUUUUUUCUUCCUUGCAAUGCUAGGGAUUAAACCUAGAGUGUACAAAUUUUUUUUUUUUAAUUUUAUUUAAGGAGAAAAAAAACAGAAAAAGGGUACAAGUUAUACAGAAUUUCAGAAAAAAUAAACAGUAGGAAAUCACUAGUUAAUGACAUAUUGUCAUCUUAGAAAUAGUUGUUCAAGUUACAAAAUUAAAGCAUAUAGAGGGGACUUUCAAACAGUGAGACUGCAAACAGUUUUGUUCAAUGAUGGGUGUACAAAUCUUAAAAGUGCAGAUUAAAGAAAAUGUAUACUGUGUGCCCAAUACUACCAUGGGACAAAGUGACAACAGCAAGCUGGGGAUACGAAAUAUAGUGCGUGAGGAAAAAGAAGAAGGGUGGGAUUCAUUCAGACUUCUCUGUCUUCAUGCAGAGGUCCCUGGCACAAAGCGCACACCCUCUCCCCUUUCUCCUCCCUGGAGUUAGGCCCCACCCUCACUAGGUAGACACUGCACCCCUGAGUUCUCCCAUAUUUUUCAAGCAGAACAUCCAGAAUAUUUUUUUUUUCUACAGCUACAUUUGGGGGCCAAAUCUAGAAUAUUUCUGAAGGUCAUUCUGCUAAGAUAAUAGGAAAUAAGGAGAGAGUUUUGCAAAAAGGAAGAGGACCAAGUAAUGGAGAGGGGAGUGGAGGGAAGGGAAAACAGGAAGAACUGAGAUGUGUUAUGUACACGUUCCAACUCCCCAUGAGUACUACAUGUAGUACAUUAUGUACUACAAACAUCUAUUAAUAAAAAAUAAAAAUUGAAAUAAACAUCAGGCUGGUUCCUGUCCAGUAAAAUCACCUCAAUCAUUUACUGAGGAAACAGGCUCUAAUGGGGCUCUUUUAUAGACCUGGAAACACGCAACUGUUUACCAAGAAGGAAAUGCUGGGAUCAGCGAUUGCAUCUUAAGUUGCUAGAAAAGGUGGGCAUCUUCCUCACUCCUCUUUCUCCAAAGAAAUCCCACAACAGUCACUGGUCCAUCACCCCUUCAAUGUCGCAACAUGGCACCUGCUUGACCCAAGUUCCUGGAAGCAAAGGAAACAGCAUCCCACACAGGACCCAAACCAUGCUGAACACAGUGCUGCUGAGUUGUGCCCUGCUGCUGGCAUUGCCUGUAACACAGGGGGCCCAGAUGGGGUUGGCCCCCCUGGAGGGCAUCAGAAGGCCUGACCAGGUUCUGUUCCCAGACUUUCCAGGCCUAGGCCAGCAUGUUCCGCUGAAGAGGACAACUGCAGAACAAGCAGAAGAGGCUCUGCUGCAGAAGGCUGAAGCUUUGGCAGAGGUGCUAGACCCGCAGAACCGCGAGCCCCGCACCCCACGCCGCUGUGUAAGGCUGCAGGAGUCCUGCCUGGGGCAGCAGGUGCCGUGUUGCGACCCGUGCGCUACAUGCUACUGCCGUUUCUUCAACGCUUUCUGCUACUGCCGCAAGCUGGGUACUGCUACAAACCCUUGCAGCCGCACCUAACAGGUCGACAUCUGGACAGAGACAGGCGAACGCGAAUAAAGGA